AUGUCAAUCGAAAACCUCAAGACCUUUGACCCCUUCGCCGAAGCUGACGAAGAUACCGGCGACACUAAACAGUCUCAAAAUUAUAUCCACAUACGGAUACAACAGCGCAAUGGUCGUAAGACUUUGACCACAGUCCAAGGUCUUCCGAAAAAGUUUGACCAGAAGAAGAUUCUCAAGGUCAUCAAAAAGAAAUUUGCCUGCAAUGGAACCAUCGUGAACGACACUGAGAUGGGCGAGGUGAUCCAGCUCCAAGGAGACCAACGCAAAGAUGUUCAAGAAUUCUUGACCGACAAGAAGGAAGGCCUUGAACUAGACGCCAAGACCAUCAAGGUCCACGGGUUCUAG